AUGGCAAAUAUUCCGCGUUUUGGGGUUUCUGCUAAGUAUAGAGGAAAAGUUGAUGCUGAAGAGACUAACACGACUAAGAGCGGUUCACGUUAUUUUUCCGGUUCAUCAACAAACUCCCAUACUGGUAGUUCUCGGGCUGAAGAUGUUAGUCGAUCAGACAGUGUUUACAGCUCGAAUAUUGAAGAAGAUGCGCGACUGGGGUUUGCAAAUCUACCUGAACAGAUGCACAGGAAAGCUGUCAAGAAGGGCUUCAAUUUCACUUUGAUGGUUGUCGGUGAAAGUGGUUUGGGCAAAUCAACUCUAAUUAACAGCUUGUUUGUCCAAGAUUUAUACAAAGAUAGAGAAAUCAUUGAAGCAAAUAAUCGUGUUCAAAGCACAACUCAAAUUGAAAAACGUCAAAUUGAAUUGGAUGAGCGUGGAGUCAAGUUACGCCUUACUGUUGUCGAUACUCCCGGUUUUGGUGAUGCUGUGAAUUGCAAUGACUGUUGGAAACCAAUAGAAGAUUACAUAGACAGCACAUUUGAACAAUAUUUUAAAGAUGAAUGUGGUCUGAAUCGUAAAAAUAUUCAUGAUCAUCGAGUUCACUGUUGUUUGUAUUUCAUAUCACCAUAUGGUCAUGGUUUACGCCAAAUAGAUGUUGAAUUUAUGCGCCGUCUUCAACAUAAAGUCAACAUAGUCCCUGUAAUAGCUAAAGCUGAUGCAUUGACUGCUAAUGAAUUACGUGCAUUUAAAGAACGCAUAAUGGCAGAUUUUGAUCGUUAUAAAAUUGAUAUUUAUCGUUUACCUGAAUGUGACAGUGAUGAAGAGGAUGAAAUCAAACGUUUAGAUAAAGAAAUCAAAGCUGUUCUACCUUUCGCUGUCGUCGGCAGUAAUUGUGUUAUCGAUUUAGAUGGUAGUCGUCGAGCUCGUGGUAGACAAUAUCCUUGGGGAUCAGUUGAAGUGGAGAAUAGUCGUCAUUGCGAUUUUACAAAGCUGCGUAUAUUUCUGCUAAAGACACAUAUGCAGGAUUUGAAAGAUAUGACAUUGGAUGUGCAUUAUGAAAAUUAUAGAGCGAAAUACAUUACUGAACGGAUGUCUAAGCGUCAAAGCGAUCGUCGUGAAGGUGUUGGUACUGGAGCAUUGGCAAGAUUAGAAAAAGAAGGUGGAACUGGCUUUGAGGCUAUUGUUGAUCAAGAUAGUUUACUGAAACAGAAAGAGGAAGAGCUUCAAAGAAUGCAACAACUAAUGAGUAAAAUGCAAGAACAGUUAAAACGUAAUACCAAUGUUGUACCGAACGCAUCAGUCGGUUUAAAUAAUGGUACAAGUAAUACUCAAUCUUCUCCUAUUCCUGCAACUGGUCAACAAGCUUCUUGA